AUGGCCCCAGAAAUAGCUAUAGAUGCCUUCACUGGCACCGGGAAAGUCCCGAUGACUCCGGUUGACUCUGAUCGAGCUUAUGUGACGUUCUUAGCUGGCACUGGUGAUUACUAUAUGGGAGUGGUUGGUUUAGCUAAAGGGUUGAGAAAGGUGAAAAGUGCAUACCCUCUUGUGGUUGCAAUUUUGCCUGAUGUGCCCGAGGAACAUCGUGAGAUCUUAAGGUCACAAGGUUGCAUUGUUCGAGAGAUUGAUCCUAUAUAUCCACCUGAUAACCAGAUUCAGUUCGCAAUGGCCUAUUAUGUCAUCAAUUAUUCUAAGCUCCGUAUAUGGAAUUUUAAGGAGUACAACAAGAUGGUAUACCUUGAUGCAGACAUCCAAGUUUAUGAUAACAUAGACCAUCUCUUGGACACACCCAAUGGUUACUUCUAUGCUGUAAUGGAUUGCUUCUGCGAGAAGACAUGGAGUCACUCCCCACAGUACUCCAUUGGGUAUUGCCAACAGCGCCCAGAUAAGGUUACAUGGCCUGCUGAAAUGGGUUCACCUCCUCCACUGUAUUUCAAUGCUGGGAUGUUUGUGUUUGAGCCAAACAGAUUGACUUAUGAAAAUCUUCUUCAAACUCUUACUGUCACUCCACCAACACCAUUUGCGGAGCAGGACUUCUUGAACAUGUUCUUCCAACAAACCUAUAAACCCAUUCCACUGGUUUACAACCUGGUUCUUGCUAUGCUAUGGCGCCACCCCGAAAAUGUUGAACUCGAUAAAGUUAAAGUUGUUCACUAUUGUGCUGCUGGAUCAAAGCCAUGGAGGUACACAGGCAAAGAAGCUAACAUGGAGAGAGAAGACAUCAAGAUGCUAGUCAAUAAAUGGUGGGACAUUUAUGAUGAUGCAUCCCUUGAUUUUAAUGCUGAAGAAUCUGAAGUUUCAGAGGAAAAUACCUUCUCAUUACCAUCAAUCAUGGCUGCAGGCCCUGAGCCAGCAGUAUCCUAUAUUCCUGCUCCUUCUGCUGCAUAA